CCAGCUGUAUGAUUAAUGGUGAUAUAUUUUCUCCUGUUUUUCUGUUAAGCAUGAGCAGAUUGCUCUGGAUGCAAACAGGUAUUUUGUUCAUAUGGAUGUGUCAUUUAAAAAAUUGGAUGACUGGCAUUAAUUGUGCAAUUUUUGUGUCUUUAAAUCAUAAGGACCAUUCUACUAGAAUCUGAUGGACACCCUAAAAUUAUUACCAUUAUACAAGCAUUUACACGGUGUUUUGUUCAAGCCCUGCUACAGAUGCAACCUCAGAUUCCAUUGAAGCUCUACUUUCCAUCUGUUAACCAAUCUCUUGUGAUGGUGCUACUGGUGCAUCCAUCAGACAUGCCAUCAGCUGCCUGGUCUCAGCACCUAAUAAGUAUUAUUCAAAUUUUGAAGAGGAAUUUACAGGAUAAAGAAGAUACACGAACUUCAGCAAAUAUAUUUGAGAGCUGGUUUUUACUGGUUCAGUUUGGAGAUUGGGUCAAUGUUGCCCUACAGCAAUUGAUGACAGCAGAUGAUAUCUCAGAGAUGCUGCUUUGGCUUUUGAUAUUCUACUACAGGCCACAUAUGGAAAAUGAACAAGAAAGUAAUUUAAUGGAAAACAUGAAAUCUGUGUACAAUCAAGUAAAGAUUCUAAUCAACAAGACAUCUGUGACUUUUGAGGAAGUGCAGACUGCAUUAGUCACUGGGAAUCUCUACAAAGAACAAAGUCACUUCAAAGACCUAAUCAGUCAUCUCUUUCUGAGUUUUUUGUUAUUUUCAACUGGUGGCCGCAGAAUAGCAAAGGAAUCUGUGCAACUUUUCACAUUAGUUGGAACUGCCACUGGUGGAAUUUCAGAAAUGCUGGCUGCUACUGCACACAGACUAAAGAACAAAGGAUGUGGAGCAUCAGAAGAUGACAAGGUGCACAGCACUAUUGAACUCCUGCAACAGCAAUUACAUGAAACUCAGUCUGAAAAUAUGCACUACAUUUAUUGAAUUAUUGACUGUUUCCAGUUUGAUAUGUUUAUUCAGAUUUUUCAACCAACUAUAUGUAUAAAUACACAAUUUUAUUGAAUCACUUUGAAAAAAAAUUGUUCAUAAACAUUGUGCUGGUUUUUGUGUAGAGCCAGGGACAGCACAUAAACUCUGAAAUGUAACAAAUAGAAAAUUUGGUAUCAAUGGAAGAUUUUAUUUCUUGAUCAAAGCCCUUUUGUGGUUUUUCAUGGAACUGAAUGCAAGAUAUAUUAACAGUUUUGUUUUUGUUUUUACCAGUAAUGUAAAAGAAAGCUCUUGAAACUCUGCUUCUUUAAAAGGAGACAUCUGCUUUCACAUUCCUACUGUAUGACACAGCCUGACUUGAAUAAACUGCAGAUAUUUUUA